AUGGCGGGGCAGCACGGAGAGACCCCCGAGGGACAGCGCGGAGAGACCCCCGAGGGACAGCGCGGAGAGACCCCCGAAGGGAAGCACGGCCGGAACCCCGAAGGACAGCACGGCCGGAACCCCGAAGGGAAGCACGGAGAGACCCCCGAAGGGAAGCACGGCCGGACCCCCGAAGGGAAGCACGGAGGGACCCCCGCAGGGAAGCACGGAGAGACCCCCGAAGGGAAGCACGGAGAGACCCCCGAAGGGAAGCACGGAGAGACCCCCGAGGGACAGCACGGCCGGACCCCCGAAGGGAAGCACGGAGAGACCCCCGAAGGGAAGCACGGAGAGACCCCCGAAGGGAACCCCGGCCCCCCCCGGCUGCGGGACCCCGCGGGCACAGCCGCAGCGCCCACGGGGGCGGUGCUGAGGAAGACGGUGCUGAGGAAGAAGAAGGUGCUGAGGAAGAAGAAGGUGCUGAGGAAGAAGCCGGAGGCUCCGGAGGCUCCGCAGGAACCGCCGUGUCCCCCCCUGGGGCUGGAGUCCCUGCGGGUGCUGGACUCGCAGCUCCGGGCGUCCAGCCACAAACGGCUCGGGCUGGGAGCUCACCGCGCCCGCCUCAACAUCCAGUCGGGUCUGUCGGACGGCGAUCCCUUCGACGGCGGUUGGUGCGCGGCGCGCGCGGACACGGAGCAGUGGCUGCAGGUGGACGCGGGCGGCCCCACGCGCUUCACCGGCAUCGUCACCCAGGGGCUCAACUCCAUCUGGACCUACCAGGGGGUGACGUCCUACAAGGUGCAGGUCAGCAACGACUCACACACCUGGAGGCCGAGCCUCAACGGCAGCCAGGAGGCGGUGUUUCCCGGGAACAAAGACCCCGAGACGCCGGUGCUGAACCUGCUGCCGUCUCCCCUCGUGGGCCGAUUCCUGCGCAUCAACCCCCAGAGCUGGUUCCCCAACGGCACCAUCUGCCUGCGGGCCGAGGUUCUGGGCUGUCCCGUGCCCGACCCCAGCGAUGCCCGCUCCUCGCAGCCCCCGCCCGAAGCUCAGCUGGAUUUCCGCCACCACAACUACAAGGAGAUGAAAAAGCUGAUGAGGAGGGUGAGCGAGGAGUGCCCCGACAUCACCCGCGUGUACAGCAUCGGGCAGAGCUCCCGCGGGCUGCGCCUGCUCGUCAUGGAGAUCUCGGACAACCCCGGGCAGCACGAGCUCGGAGAACCGGAAUUCCGCUACGUGGCCGGGAUGCACGGCAACGAGGUUCUGGGCCGGGAGCUCCUGCUGAACCUGAUGGAAUUCCUGUGCCGGGAAUUCCGGCUGGGCAACCCCCGCGUGGUGCAGCUGGUGACGGACACGCGCAUCCACCUGCUGCCCUCCAUGAACCCCGACGGAUACGAGACCGCCUACAAACUGGUGGCCGCAGAGAUGCGGGCGGUGAUCUCAUGGAUGCAGCAGUACCCGAAACCCCUCAAAGUCCCCCAAAACCCCUCUGUUGCCGCGGAGACGCGGGCGGUGAUCUCGUGGAUGCAGCGCUACCCGUUCGUGCUGAGCGCCAACCUGCACGGAGGGGAGCUGGUGGUCACGUACCCGUUCGACAUGAGCCGAACCCCGUGGCUGGCCCAGGAGCUCACCCCGACACCGGACGAUGCCGUGUUCCGCUGGCUCGCCACCGUCUACGCCAACGCCAACCCCGCCAUGGCCAACGGCAACAACCGCAGGUGCCACCACGAGGAUUUCACGCGCUUCGGUAACAUCAUCAACGGAGCCCAGUGGCACACAGUGGCUGGCAGUAUGAACGAUUUCAGUUACCUGCACACCAACUGCUUCGAGAUCACCGUGGAGCUUUCCUGCGACAAAUUCCCGCACGCGUCCGAGCUGCCCCACGAGUGGGACAACAACCGCGAGUCUCUGCUGCUCUUCAUGGAGCAGGUGCACCGUGGCAUCAAGGGCGUGGUUCGGGACGAUGACACCGAGCAGGGCAUCCCCAACGCCAUCAUCUCCGUGGAUGGCAUCAACCACGACAUCCGCACCGCCUCGGGCGGUGACUACUGGCGGCUGCUGAACCCGGGCGAGUACGAGGUGACGGCGCGGGCCGAGGGCUACGAGGCGGCCACGCGGCCGUGCCGGGUCUACUUCGAGAACGUUCCCACGCCGUGCAGCUUCCGCCUGGCGAGGGCGAGGAGCCGCCACCGGCCCGGGGGGACCCGCCCGGGCCCCGACCCGGCCCUGCGGCUGCAGCGGCUGCGCCUCCGCCGCCUGCGAGCCCACGGCCGCGGGCACUGA